GAGAAAACAGUGACACAGAGCUUAGCGAUCAAACACUCCCAGACUUCCGUCUGUCGCGACCGAACUUACUUUCUGUUUGCGGAUUUCCGCACGACACAAGGUUUGAUGGCAAAUGAGAGGACCCCAGAAGAACAAGCAUAUUUUGAUUUGUUGGCGAAGUACAAAGACGAGGAGAAGGAAGAAGAGAGAGAAGCUGAAGCUCAGUUCGAAGAGGAUCUCGAGCGUGCUCUAGCCUUGAGCCUCUGUGAAGAAACAGUUGUCACGGGAACACAGUCAGGUGACGCCGACCCUGUCAUAGAUUUUCCACAUGAAAACUUAGUUGCUGAUCAGCCAGGUAAUCGGAGACAACAUUCCAGAAAGAACAGACGGUUUGUGACUGAUUCAUCACCUGAUGCAGAUGCCAUGGCCUCAGGGGGAGAUAAUUACAAUAGUGGUAGCCACCCAUCUGGCAGACCACGCAGUAUUGAACUAGCAGAACAGAUGAGGAGACAGGUUAUAGAGGAUGCAGAGGAUUCAACGGAUUCAACUCAGAAUCAUCCGUCUGGUCGGCGGAGAAGUGUUGAAAUGGCAGAGGAAAUGAGAAAGAAAAUGUUAGAUGGAGCUCAGAGCAGUGAUGGUGAACAGUUUCAUCCAUCCGGUCGUAGGCGGAGCGUUGAAAUGGCAGAAGAAAUGCGUAGACAAAUGUCAGCACAAGGAAGUGAUGAUGAACAGUUUCACCCAUCCGGUCGUAGGCGGAGCGUUGAAAUGGCAGAGGAAAUGCGGAGACAAAUGUUGGAAGAUAGUCAAAAUGGAGAAAGUAGCACCUGCUAUAAUCUGCCAAUGCGGAAAAGAAGUUUAAGACCUGUUGAAACUGUUAACAUUGGUGAAGAUGAGGAAGUUUCCCGUGAAAUUGAAGAACUCAUUCGAAGGGGUAUUAUAAAACCUGAUCACAGAGCACCUCCUUCUUCCAACAGAUCUGGUGCUAUACCUGACAGUGACAGUGAACUGUUUGGUGACGGCAGUCUACAUCCGAGCAAUGGUGGUGAAGACCCUACAGACCAUCAUGUUCAGAGGCGGAAAACACGAGCACAUGCUAACACUAGAAUACCUCAGAAUCAUAGAAUAGACUUCAAGAAUCCCUUUCCUUUUGCCGAUGAUGAAUUCCCUGUGAAUUGGGAGAGAUCAAGAAUUCCAGAUGGAAUGGCAGGCGAAUUGUUCCAGCUUGUAGAAAUAUUGCCCGGGGAAGAGGAGUACGAGACGAUAGCCCGUGACUUCCACAUCGCCGACCUUGAAGUUAAGAAGAUGGAGCGUCUCCAGAAUGUUCAUCUCCUGGAUCGGUACAAGGGAGAAAAGGAGCUUUUAAUGAAGAGCAGAGGAAGAGAUUUUGAUGUAAACGCCCGGUACUUGUACCACGGGUCUGCGGCCAACAAGAUGAUUCUCUGUGAAGAGGGGCUGGAUGCCAGGCUCGGGAUGAGUGGAUGUUUUGGAAAAGGCAUCUAUUUCAGCGACAACCCCAAGAAGUGUGUUCAGUAUGUGUCCAGGUCAUCUGUGAAGUACAUUCUCAUGUGUCGGGUCAUGCUGGGCGAGGCCAAGAUAUAUCCUCGGGGUGAAAUGGAACGAGACUUGAAGCGAGAACCACCAAAAGAAGACCCAGCAGGAGGAUGGAGGUUCUAUGACUCUGUUCGGGGUCGACCAGUUGACUUCAAUGAAUAUGUGAUAUAUGAAAACCGCCGAGCCAUGAUUGAGUACAUCAUCACAUUCCAACGCCAGGGUGCGCCAGCCGAUGACACGGAACAGGAGGAGGUCGGCGGAGCUGUAGCUGCCAAUGCACUUCCUCCAUUACUUCUAGAGGAAAGUGUUGAGGACCACAUGAAAAGAAUCGCACAAGUCCGGGAGGAGAUCCGUAUAAAACGAGCUGAAGAGAGGGGAGAGAUAUAUACUGGCCCCACAGGGGCUCAGAGGCAGAAGGACCGAGAUGUUUGGAGACGAGUGUUAAAGGUGACCUGCCCACCCGGCUCUGAGGGCUAUGACAAUGCGGUAGGAAUCUUUGAAUACUUAAAGAAAGAAGAGCAAGAGGAUGCAAGUUCUAAGGCUGCAGCGAGCGGAGCUGGGAGCCUCACAACAAAUAACACUAACAACAAUAAUGAUAGUGACCUUGAACUUGCAACUGCAAGGUCACUAGCUGCAGAACCGGAAGACGACACUGUAGAGAUGGUGAUGGGCAGUCUCAUUUCAGACUUCCUCGAUGUCACGAAGAUUGACAAUGUUCAGAAGGCCAGGGACUACUUGCAAAAGUCGGGGAUGAACUUAGACCAAGCUUUGCUGUUGUAUUAUGAGGAGGAAUUGUGAGAGAAAUUGUGCAUGUAAUCAUUAAAUUCCCAUCUCUAAGUCUUAUGCUGAACUGUUUUGAGACUAAUAACUGUGACUACAUUUGUCAAGUUAAUGUUGCCCUCCGUCAUAAUGGGGAGAGUGCAGGACAGACUGGGAGCAGUUUCUGACUCAAUUAAGUCAUUAUGACUUCAGUUAAACUUGUUUCAGUGUAUGUUUUUGUUCUUGUAAAGUUUGUUUGUUUCCUUGUUUAUAUUAAUUAUUGCCAUUUUGUUUUAAAAAGAUGGAGACUGCUUCGGCAUUCUAUCAGUUUAGUUUUGUCAAAGGACAAGGUGUGAUAUGGGGCCUUUUUGGCCCAGGGGAUACUAUGGUUCUUUCUUAGGGUGGGGCCGAGAUUGGAAGUUGUUGCGAGUGACCUACAUAUGACGUCAAGAUCACAGUGAAGGUUAUUCGUAAAGUAUGUCUGCCAUUAUCACUAAAAUGCUUUUUCUGCAAAUAGUUUUAUAAAGUC